AUCAAAGUUUGAAGCGGUAUUUCCAUGUCGGGGAAGCUGCUCAUUCCCAGCAGUCUGCUCCGCUGGCUCAGCUAUGACGUUGAGUCUCCACGACCCAACGGGAAGUUCCACAGAUCACUUGCAUCCAUGACUUCGUUAGAAGUCCUAAAACUUGCCAUUACAACUCUCAAUCGUCUACUCGCGACGUAAGGGACACUUGCCUGGCUUUGUUUGACUGAGCAUGAACUUCUCGCAAGAACCGAAGCAUUCCGACAAACUACAUGAAUUAGGCGCACAGCCAUACAACGCAGAGCCGGACAUUGCAGAGCUUGUCCAACACCCGUACACACCAGACGAACUCGUAUAUAGUCGGAAUCAUUGUCCGAUCCGAGCCCUGGAUGCAGCGACCUUCAGCGUCAAAGUCGACGGACGCGUCCGGCACGAGCGAACGUUCACGUUGAACGAUUUGAAGAGAGAUUUCCGACGCAAGGAGGUGGUCGCCGCACUGCAAUGUGCAGGCAAUCGGCGGAAGACGAUGCAGGAACGGAACGGCAAGGAAGUCGAAGGGCUCCUCUGGGGCGAAGGCACGAUCGCGAACUGCAAGUGGGCGGGCGUGAGCAUGCGCGAGCUCCUCGAGCAGGUGGGAGCCCCGCCUGCUGCGGACGAGCGCAUUCGCAGUCUGCACCUCUGCUUUGCGUCCCACGUCGUGCCAUGCGAGAACGACGAUUGGUUUGGCGGAUCGAUCCCGCUGGAGAAGGCGCUGGACGAAGGUGAGGACGUGCUAUUGGCGUACGAGAUGAACGACCGCCCGCUGUCACCAGACCAUGGCUUCCCGUUCCGUGUGGUCGUGCCAGGAUACACGGGGGCGCGCUGGGUGAAGUGGGUGGACCAGGUCACUGUGGCUGACCGGGAGUCGGAGAACUUCUACCAGAAGAAAGACUACAAGGUGCUUCCGACGAAGGUACAGACGCACGAGAUGGCGGACAAGGAGGACUGGUGGUCCAAGGUCCCCGCACUUCAGGCCAAUCCAUUGAACUCAGCAGUUGCCUCCGUCAAGGUUGUGCGGCCAGGUAGGCUCCAGGUCAAGGGGUACGCCGUGCGCGGCUCCACCGGACAAGUGAGCGAGGUGGAUGUGAGUAUCGAUGAGGGCAAAGCCUGGGAGCCGGCGACAAUCAUCUACCAGGAAGGCCGGUGGAGCUGGACGUUGUGGGAAGCAAUACUGGACGUGCCGGAGGUGAGCAACGGGAGAGGAGGCAAAGUCUGGUGCCGGGCGGCGGAUAUGGCGGGGACGACGCAGCAGCCAGACGCGGACUGGAAUCUGCGGGGAGUGGCAUACGAUGCCGUAGGCGAGAGACUGUUGGAUGUAUCAUAGUAGUAGACGCACCUCGUUGUGCUCCUUCCUGGGCUGAUUUCUCCAUGUGGGGAAUGAAUAGUAGCCCGCACGGCGACAUUGUCUCCCGCAGCAGAGAGGAUGGAGCAGGGAGUUGGCCGUCGAGGGAGAUGGGGAGAAGAAAGGCUGAAAACGCCCGAAAUGUGCAUUUC